UUGACUUUGAUCAAUCCGUCACAAAUGUUUGUUCAGGUUCUCAUUGUUGAUAUUUCAAAUGCCUGCGUUAUAUGCUGGAAAUACGGACAAAGCGGACAUUGCUGAAACGGUUGACCUUCCCCAUAUUUUAUUUUCUUUGUAUUUUUUAGACAAUGUUCAGCAAGACGAACCGCGGUGUAUCUCUAUUCUGAGAUGCUACAGAUGAAAAAACACUGAGAUGCAUCUGAUCGUUUUAAACGGUAUUUAAUGUUACUAUCCAAUCUGGUUAACGGGCGAUUAAAAUCUAAUUUAUGUGCAGCCGUCUGAAAAAUCUCUGACAAAUAAGAGUUGGAAGAUUUGGAUUGUUAUCACUUGUCCCUCUAUUCAUUUAUUUAAUUAACCUUGCAGGCUGUACAUAUUCUGAUCAUUCUCGCAUGACCUUUGCUCCGCCUGUUCCCACCUGACCCGCUAGUCCUUUUAUUUUCGCUGUAACUUUCUUCCGAAAAUCUUUCAUCCUGAUCAUUUCUUUUUGAUUCAUAUCAUUCCCCUUCUAAUUCACGGGGUUGUUACUCUCGAUAGCGCUAUCUGCUAGUUUUAUUUUUACAAAAGGCCAUUUGCACCUGGUUUUGGGAUUGAAAUCUUUUCCCUCUCGUUCCUUGGGCCCCUCAGUCCUCAUGAUUGAAAUAGCCACUGCCCUUUGCAGUCCCCAGGCUUCCUGGAAACCACUUCGAACCGGGAGUAGUAGGCCUCAAAUCUCAGAGACAAACAGUAAAACAUCCAAUCCAAUUUCUUCCCCGAUCUUCUGCAGACCCCUACGGUAAAUACAGAGCAUUGUAGAGUCAGGACACCACAGCUGAUCAGUUUGUUGACCUUGUAGUUUCAGGUUUUGAGAAGCCUGAGAGGACAUGUGUAGUUCACUUCCUAUAUGGACCACCAGCUCAGGGCAGGAGGUGGCGAUGAAAGCAAUUUGCCCCAAAAUGAAUGUGGUUUUGUUCGUGACUCUGCGUGCCUCUGCUCCCUGGGCCUGCUCUCGCCUCUGUCCUACAGUGUGCACUUGUUCUGCUGAGAGAAACUGUGUCGUUCUCUGUGACCGAGCCGGAUUGCAGCAAGUCCUCAGCGAGUUCCCAUGUGAGGCCUCCCUUAUCAGUUUGGAGAAAAAUAACAUCAAAUUUUUGUCAGAGAAGGCCUUCGGUACUCUUCCCGCCCUCCGCUCUUUAUCCUUAAACCACAACAAUAUCUCUUUCAUUACCCCAGGCGCAUUUAAAGGGCUGCCCCAUCUCAGCGAACUCCAACUCGCCCACAACGAGUUUAUUAAGUAUCUGCACACUAGAACGUUCACUAAUCUCAAACGACUUAAGAAGCUCGAUUUGUCUAAUUGCAAUCUAUUUAAUAUCCCAGACCGGAUCUUUGUAGCAGUUCCCUCUCUGCAAGAGUUAGCUAUGUGGCAGAAUAACUUCAGGAGAAUCCCUGCAGCAGUGAGGGCCACAGAGACUCUCAGGCUGUUGUAUCUGGAGCGGAACAGAAUUGAAGCAGUGGCUUAUAACUCUCUCCAAGGAUUACGCCGUUUGAAAUAUUUAAAUUUACAAAACAACAAAAUUGCGGUAAUCCACGAGAAAGGAUUUAAAGACUGCGUGGAAUUGGAAUAUCUCUAUCUUAAUGAUAACCUCCUGAGGAACCUUCCCGAGUUUGCUUUUCAAGAACUCAGGCUCCUGAAGAUGUUAAACCUGGGAGGUAAUGCUUUGGUGAACGUCUCCAGUACUUGGUUCAGUCAGCUAGUUGAGCUAGAGGUUCUCUAUCUCGACAGAAACGCCAUCAGUUACAUCGAGGAAGGGACUUUUGAAAACCUGACCAGUUUGAUCUCCUUACAUCUGAAUAGCAAUAACCUGACCUCACUGCCGUUUUCCGUUUUUCAACCUGUAUAUUUCCUCGGCAGGCUCUAUGUCUUCAGGAACCCAUGGGGGUGUGAUUGCAAGAUGGAAUGGUUGAAAGAGUGGAUGGAAAACUACAAACUUGUCCGGGACAUCCCGUGUGCCUCUCCACCGUCAGUAGCGGGUAUGGAUCUGAGUCAAGUACUCUUCCCCAAAUCUUCAGAAGGGACUUGUGUCGAUCCAGUGCAACAGAAUGAGACAGUUUACACUCCAAUUCCGACACAGCGUGCCCGGUCCACCGCUGACAAUAGAUUCAGUAACCUUAUCUCGAAAUUACUUUUCCCCAAAAUGUACGAGGAUGCGGAGAACACCACCGAAAUCUUCAGGAAUGUGUCAGUCCCGGGCGGAGUUAACCGGGAAACGUCUACAGCAGUUACUAUCAACAGUAAUCUGGAUCCACACAUCCAGGUUGUGUUCAUACCCAUUAUAAUGUUAUGCUACAAUAUCUGAGACAGCGUUCAGCUGCUGCAGCAUUUGCCGUGUAUUAAUACAGCUGCAGGACGCAGGAAAUCUCUUCGAAUGCAAUCUUUAUCAUUUCAAACAAAAAGACACGAAUUGCGAAAGUUGAAUUUGAGUUUGGCUCCCCUCAGUUUGGAACCAUAACAGAGAGAACUGAUCUUGUGUUUGAACCGCUGGAUCCGUUCUCUGCCGACUUAAGUUUUAAAUCAUCGUGUGCCAUCUGUCACCUUCUGGGACUGAGCCCAACAAUAAACCGCCUCGAUCGCUCUGAAGCUCGAGUAGAGGUUGGUUAAGUUUUGUACAGGAUGAAGAGUCUUUAGCUCACAUGCUGUAUUUGGCAAUUUCACAGCACCCACAUUUUUUUAAACGAGAAUACUUUAGUAAAAAGAAGACGGAAUCCCGUAUGUUGCAGACAGCGAUUCCCGAAUUUGACGACUUUGGUUAGACAAAUAUUAAUAACUUUUACCGUUAGCAUCUUCAAUUAAUGAAUAAUGGGCAUAUUGUAUCUGACCAUCGUGUGUUUUUGUAAUAUGUACAUUAUAAAUAUCAUUUACAUGAAUGUAUUACAUAAGCACAUUCCUCUGUACAAAAAAAAACUGAUCUAGACAGAAUGUUGGCCACAAUAACCCUUUUAUCUUUGAUGCCGGGAUUUAUGUUUUGAUCUAUUAGAAAUGGUAAUCUGGGAGGAUUGUGGCAAUCGUGCACAGAGUUAGAGACUGUUUGACUAUCCACAAGCAACAAAUGAAAGGUAU